GAAAGAGGACAUUGUUUUCAUCAUGACUGCUAAUAAAAAUGAGAGACCGAAGUCCAGGAGCCACAACUUUCACCUUUUUCAUGCCUUGAUGAUGCUAAGCAUGACCAUGCUAUUUCUUCCAGUCAUUGGAACUUCUAAGCAAAAUAUUCCACGACUCAAGCUGACUUACAAGGAUGUUAUAUUGACCAACCACUCCCUUCCUUUCUGGGGUGAAGAGGAAGAAUUAGGCUUUUCCACUGUUCUAUUAGAUAAAGAAAGAACUGAGCUAAUGCUAGGAGCCAAGGGCCAUUUGACUGACCUUGGACUGGCUAACUUGAAUUCUGACACACUUUGAAAUGUUUUACAGAUUUAUUGGCCCGCUGCAAAGGAACGAGUGGAAUUAUGUAAAUUAGCUGGGAAAGAUGCCAAUACAGAAUGUGCAAAUUUUAUCCGCGUACUUCAACCCUAUAACAAAACUCACAUUUAUGUGUGUGGAACUGGAGCAUUUCAUCCAAUAUGUGGUUAUAUUGAUCUUGGAGUCUACAAGGAGGAAGUUAUAUUCAAACUAGACACACAUAAUUUGGAGUCUGGCAGACUGAAAUGUCCUUUUGAUCCUCAGCAGCCUUUUGCCUCGGUAAUGACAGAUGAGUACCUCUAUUCUGGAACAGCGUCUGAUUUCCUUGGCAAAGACACGGCAUUCACGCGGUCCCUUGGGCCUACUCAUGACCAUCAUUACAUCAGAACCGACAUUUCGGAGCACUACUGGCUCAAUGGAGCAAAAUUUAUUGGAACUUUCCCUAUACCAGACACCUAUAAUCCAGAUGACGAUAAAAUAUAUUUCUUCUUUCGUGAAUCAUCUCAAGAAGGCACUACUUCUGAUAAGACCAUCCUUUCUCGAGUUGGAAGAGUUUGUAAGAAUGAUGUAGGAGGACAACGCAGCCUGAUAAACAAAUGGACGACUUUUCUUAAAGCCAGAUUGAUUUGCUCCAUUCCUGGAAAUGAUGGGGCAGAUACUCAUUUUGAUGAGCUUCAGGAUAUUUACUUACUCUCCACAAGAGAUGAAAGAAAUCCUGUAGUCUAUGGAGUCUUUACCACAACCAGCUCCAUCUUCAAAGGCUCAGCUGUUUGUGUGUACAGCAUGGCUGACGUCAGAGCAGUUUUCAAUGGUCCAUAUGCUCAUAAGGAAAGUGCAGACCAUCGUUGGGUGCAGUAUGAUGGAAGAAUUCCUUAUCCCCGACCUGGCACAUGUCCAAGCAAAACCUAUGAUCCACUGAUUAAAUCCACCCGAGAUUUUCCGGAUGAUGUCAUCAGUUUCAUCAAGCGGCACCCUGUGAUGUUUAAAUCAGUAUACCCAGUUGCGGGAGGACCAACAUUCAAGAGGAUCAAUGUGGAUUACAGACUGACCCAGAUCGUGGUGGAUCAUGUUGUUGCAGAAGAUGGUCAAUACGAUGUAAUGUUCCUUGGAACAGACAUUGGGACAGUCCUCAAAGUGGUCAGCAUUUCAAAGGAGAAGUGGAAUAUGGAAGAAGUAGUAUUGGAGGAGUUGCAGAUAUUCAAGCACUCAUCAAUCAUCUUGAACAUGGAGUUGUCUCUGAAGCAGCAACAAUUGUACAUUGGCUCCCGCGAUGGGUUGGUUCAGCUCUCCUUGCACAGAUGCGACACGUAUGGGAAAGCCUGUGCAGACUGUUGUCUGGCCAGAGACCCCUACUGUGCCUGGGAUGGAAAUGCAUGCUCUCGAUACGCACCCACUUCAAAGAGGCGAGCUAGACGGCAAGAUGUAAAGUAUGGAGACCCAAUCACCCAGUGCUGGGACAUAGAAGACAGCAUUAGUCAUGAAACUGCUGAUGAAAAGGUGAUUUUUGGCAUUGAAUUUAAUUCAACCUUUCUGGAAUGUAUACCUAAAUCCCAACAAGCAUCUAUUAAGUGGUAUAUCCAGCGGUCAGGAGAUGAGCAUCGAGAGGAGUUGAAACCUGAUGAAAGGAUCAUCAAAACAGAGUACGGGCUACUGAUUCGAAGUCUGCAGAAGAAGGACGCUGGGAUGUAUUACUGCAAAGCACAGGAACACACUUUUAUCCACACCAUAGUGAAGCUGACUUUGAAUGUCAUUGAGAAUGAACAGAUGGAAAACACCCAGAGGGCAGAGCACGAGGAGGGGCAGGUCAAGGAUCUGUUGGCAGAGUCACGGUUGAGAUACAAAGACUACAUCCAAAUCCUUAGCAGCCCAAACUUCAGCCUCGACCAGUACUGCGAACAGAUGUGGUACCGGGAGAAGCGGAGACAGCGAAACAAGGGCGGCCCCAAGUGGAAGCACAUGCAGGAAAUGAAGAAGAAACGAAAACGAAGACAUCACAGAGACCUGGAUGAGCUUCCUAGAGCCAUGGACACGUAGCUGUCUGUUUAAUUUAAAGAAAGGAAUUCUUUACCU